UCAGGAGAAGGUCGCAGCGCGCCUCGGCUCCCACAUGCGCUCCGCUCGCCCCUCGCCGGUACCAUGAAGAGACAAAACGCCAGGACGCUCGCCCUCAUCGUCAGCAUCCUCACCUACCUGGUGGUGGGAGCGGCCGUCUUCGAGACCCUGGAGUCCAAGCAGGAGAAGAGCCACAAGCGGAGGCUCGACGCCAGAAAGUACGAGCUCAUGCGCAAAUACAACUUGACCAAAGCCAACUUCGAGGAGCUGGAGCUCGUCGUCCUGCAGCUCAAGCCUCACAAAGCCGGAGUCCAGUGGAAAUUCGCCGGGUCCUUCUACUUCGCCAUCACUGUGAUCACGACAAUAGGUUAUGGCCACGCGGCGCCCAGCACCGACUCAGGGAAGGUGUUCUGCAUGUUCUACGCCCUGCUGGGGAUCCCGCUCACCCUGGUCAUGUUCCAGAGUCUGGGCGAGCGGAUCAACACCUUCGUCAGAUACCUGCUGCACCAAGCCAAGAAGUGCCUGGGAAUGCGUCAGACCGAGGUCUCCAUGGCGAACAUGGUGACGGUGGGCUUCUUCUCCUGCAUGAGCACUCUGUGCGUCGGGGCGGCGGCGUUCUCCCAGUGCGAGGGCUGGAGCUUCCUCCACGCCUACUACUACUGCUUCAUCACGCUCACCACCAUCGGGUUCGGGGAUUACGUCGCCCUGCAGAGGGACGACGCCCUGCAGAACGACCCCCGCUACGUGGCCUUCUGCUUCGUCUACAUCCUCACGGGCCUGACGGUGAUCGGCGCCUUCCUGAACCUGGUGGUUCUUCGCUUCCUGACCAUGAACACCGAGGACGAGCGGCGGGACGCCAAGCAGAGGGCCUUGCUGUCGGUCAACAAGCCCAGGGGGGAGGUGGCCCGUCUGCUGCCGCUCUCCACCUCCACCUCCUCGACACCUGUAGCAGACACCGUAAAGACUAAAGAUUUCAAAGGUGCCUACACCGAGGUGCUGCAUUUCCAAACUAUAUGCUCCUGCUUGUGGUACCGGAGCAAAGAGAAGCUGCAGGGCUCCACACCCACCAUGGUCCCCCAGGAGCUGACGUUCUCCGAUGCCUACUUGCAGCAGAACAGUGACUGUCCUCACUACGUGGAGCCGGGAUCCACGGGCUGCGUUUGCAGUCCCCGUCAGUGCACGAGUAUCAGCUCCAUAACAACGGGCCUACACAUUCUCUCUCCGUUCAGGGUGUUUAAGCGACGCAGCUCCGUCUAGCUUUUCAGUGCAACAGCCCUCGGCGUGGGCCCCUUCUGAUAUCGUCAAGGGGGACAGCAGAUACUCGGUAGCCCUCCCAGCAAAAACCUGGCUGCAAGUAGAUAUAUUUGUGGUGCUAUAAUCCCAGCAUUCCAACGUUACAAUGCACAAAAAGGAAAGUGCGCGUUGAGCACUGUAAAAAGUCUUACUCAAAUACGGGACUGAGAAAGAGCAGCUUGCUGUGUUUUCAUUUGAGGCUUCCUGUGUGCUCAGAGGAGUCAGGUCGGCGUGCUGGACGACACGUGGGUCAGUGCACGUGCCGAGGAAAAAAGGAGAGCGGACGCAGAGUCGACUGAGCAAAGACACAAAAAACUGAGACUUCUUUCACUUUGCGUUGUCAUGUUUUGUUUUGUUUUGUUUUUU